UCAAUUGAACUCUUGAUGGUUCCUUUUCCAGGUUAUGGCUGCUUUCAAUGGCUGCUCCUCAUGUCGUGCGGCGCGGUGUACGCGGUCUGCGCGCUCAGCACUACCACCCUGAGCUUCGUACUUCCGGCCGCCGAGUGUGACUUCAACCUAUCCUCCAGCGACAAGGGCAGGCUUACAGCCACACCGCUUAUAGGCAUGUGCGUCGGCUCAUACUUUUGGGGCAACCUGGCAGACGCGCGCGGGCGCCGUAAGGCCAUCAUCGGAGCGUUGCUGCUGGAUGCGCUGGCCGCUUUUUUGUCGAGUCUCGUUCAGUCCUUCCCCGCAUUUCUGGCUUGCAGAUUUUUCUCCGGCUUCGGUAUCAUUGGGGCCACGGGCCUCGUGUUCCCAUAUUUUGGAGAUUUCCUCUCUUUACGGCACCGAGACGUAAUGUUGUGCAGACUUGAGGUUUUCUGGACCCUAGGUACCAUAUUAUUGCCAGGUAUCGCUUGGCUAAUCAUUCAAGACCCUCGCUUCAACUUGACGGCUAUGGGCGCUGACUUCCAGUACACUUCCUGGAGAGUCUUCGUCGCCGCCUGCGGCAUCCCUAGCCUCCUGGUGGUGCUGUUACUACUGCCGUUUCCAGAGAGCCCCAGAUACUUACUCCACGUGAACAAAACUGAACAGGCGCUACAAGUGCUCCAGAGGAUAUUCGUUGUUAAUACUAAGCUAGCUGAAAAAGACUUUCCCGUGGAAUCAAUGAUAAGCGCCAGCGAAGGUGAAGAAGAGGAGGUAGUGGCAGCUGACAACAACGGCAACGAGACCAAGUCACCUCUCACGUGGCAUCAGAGGUGGGACGCAUUCUGGAAUAGGAAGAAAAUGCUGGUCACUCCGCCGUACAUCGGACUCCUGGUGCUCUGCUGUUUUGUUGAUUUUGGACUUAUGUUUAGUUACUACACACUAAUGAUGUGGUUUCCGGACCUGUUCGAGAGGUUCAGUCAGUUCUCGUCGCUCUUCCCCGAAGUCUCAGCCGGAGUCUGUGAAGUGUCUGCCAAUGUCACCAGGAGCGAGUUACUGGGCAAGCAAGAAUGUCCUCAAAGCAUAGACGACACCGUCUACAUUCACACGCUGGUGGUGGCGCUCAGCUGCGUGCCCACUUCGCUGUGGGUCGGCCUCACCAUCAACAUGGUCGGGAAGAAGUUGAUGCUUGUGAUGAUGUUGUUCAGCUCGGGUCUGGCCGCCCUCGGUCUGAACUUGGUGCGGUCGUCUCUCCAGAACCUGCUGCUCUCGUGCGUCUUCGAAGCGAUCGUCAGUUGCACGGAAGCCGUGCUGUUCUGUGUUAUUUGUGAAAUAUUCCCCACUAAAGUUGCCGCCACGGCGAUGGCGGUGACGGUGAUGAGUGGGCGCGUGGGCGCCAUCGUGGGCAACGUGGUGUUCGGCUCGCUCGUUGACCAGCACUGCAUCGUGCCCAUAUACAUGUUCGGGGCCCUGCUCAUCACGAGCGGUCUUCUCUGCAUCAUACUACCCAAGAGCACGCGACCCGAGCGGCCGCAGUGAUGUCUAAUUGUUAUAUUUUAUCUAUGUAAUGAUAAAUAAAUUAGCGUAUAUAUAAGCAA